UUCACCACGACAACCAUUCACCACAAGCAGAUACUUCAGGAGCACGUGUCCAUGGCGUUCUCCAGCUCUACCACCCACAUGCAGACCUUCUCCAAGACAACCAAGAUCGUGGGAGAGGAAGUGGUGAGGAGGAAGUUCUCCAGCUCCACAGAGUUCUUCAGCUUGGUGACCCAAAGUUCAAACAUCUCUGCUGGCGAGAAUGUCCCGGAGUUCAUGGAGAAGCCUCAGCUGGUUGCCUCACCCGAAGGGAAUAAAGCCAUGUUCCGAGUCCGGGUGCAGGGGAACCCCUAACUCAAUGUUUUUGGGAGAGAGAAUGGCAUGCCCAUCAAGGACUCUGCCAAGAUCUUCUACAACAGCAUGAACAAGGAGCAUGUGUUGAAGCUGGAGUCACUGACCUCGGACGACUCUGACAACUACAAGUGUGUUGCAAGCAAUGAGCACGCAGAUGCCAUCUACACUGUGUCCUUGCUGGUGACUGAGGGUCAAGAAAAAUUGGAUUUCAAAAAGAUGUUGAAGAAGAAUGGACCCCCUGCUCCCAAGAAGCAGAACAAGGUGACAGGUGAGAAAGAGAUGCUAUAGACUUUUUCCAAGAUGCCCAAGAAGGACUUUGAGAAGGUCUGCAUGGAGUAUGGUUUCACCAACUUCUGGGGGCUGCUCAAGAAGCUCAAAGGGAGGUCAGUGGCCACCAGGGGGAAGGGGGGCUGCAGGCCGGGGGCUGGGCCUGCCAUAUGAAUUCUGAAAUCCCUGGAAGACAGAACAGCCAAGGUGGACACCACGGUGGUCUCUGACUGCAUCAUGGAGCUAAAGGACCCCAAUGUCAAAAUGCCAUGGGUCAAGGAUAAUGAGCCACUGAGGAUCCGGUACUUCCUGGGGAAAUAUGAUGUGAAGCAGAUGGGCACCGAGUGCAUGCUGCCCAACAUGAGUGAUGCAGGCGCCUACAGCCUGGCUGUGGCCAACAGGCGGAUGGAUGCAGAGCUCAUGGUGCUGGAUAAGUUACUGAAGUUCUUGGGAGAGAUGAAGCUGGUGAAGGUGACAGAGUGCCAGACAGCUGUGUUUGAGAUCCGCCUCUCUAGGAAAGUGCCCGACUUUGUGUGGAAGUUCAGUGGAAAGGAGCUGAAGAGGGAUGAAAAGUAUGAAAUCACAGCGUCUGAGGAUGGUCUGACCCACACGUAUAAGAUUCAGGAUGCCAGAUUCAGUGAUAGUGGUGAGUUCUCUGCCAAGGCAGGAGACCUGGUUCAGAAGACCCAGCUCACUACUGACCAUGAGCAUCCCUAUAAAAUUUGUAGCACCCUCAAGAAUGUGCAUGUGAAAGAGAGGAGCUGUGCCUGCCUUGAGUGUGAGCUGACGUCCAAGGAUGUGACCUUGUACCGGAAGAAUGGGCAGCUGCUGGCGCGAAGCUCCAAGUACAGCAUGAACCAUGAGGGCAAGCGAGCAGGGCUGUUCACUGAGGAUGCACAGCUCACUGACGGUGGCAGGUACACUGUGGUGGCUCUGCAGGAUGAGGGCCUCACUGAAUACUACAGCACUGCUGUGGUCACCAUGGAAGAGCGCCUGGCCACCAUCAAGAGCUCAAUGUCCGACGUGCAUGAGGCCACUGGGAGCCCAGCUGAGCUGUGCUUAGUCGAUGAGAAGGUGGAGGGCGUGCGACUGGAGGAUGGCAAGGAGGUCCAAAAUUUGCCUGGCGUGCGGAUCCUGAAGCAGGGUGCGGUACACAAGCUUAUCUUCCUCAGUAUGGGGCCCGAGCUCGAGGGCAAGUACACCUUCAGGGUCAAGGGUGCAGAGAGGGAAGCCUCGGUGUUUAUCGCAGAUUCGCCAAAAGUCCACCGGUCCGUCCUGGAGGCACUGGCCGCGCACCCGGUCACAGUGAGGGUGGGCCACACCGCGAACAUCAAGGUGCCCUUCCGAGCAAAGCCGCUGCCCAAAGUGACGUGGUACAAGGAAGGCAGGGAGAUGACAGAAGAGGAACGCGUGUCCAUGAAGCGUGGCGACGACCAGGCGCUACUCACCAUUUCAAAGUGCGUGCUAGAGGACAGCGGCCUGAUCCUGCUCGGGCUCAAGAAUGACCAUGGCUCCGCCACAGCCACUCUGCACCUCAGCGUGCUGGACCAUCCCAAGCCUCCCCAGGGCCAGGUGGAGUUCCUGGAGCUCUUGGGUAAUUGUGUGCACAUGAAGUGGAAGGCACCUAAGGACAACGGACAGUGGCUUAUAACACAGUUCAUAGUGGAACCGAGGGCAGUCGGCAAGAAGUCCUGGAUUAAGAUCGGGGAGGUGGGCAGCAAAGUCACCAAAUUCUCCACCAAGAAGGUGGAAGCAGGGAAAGCCUACCAGUUUCCUAUCCUGGCUGUCAAUUCAGAAGGAGUGAGCUACUCCCCGGAGGCAGAGGAAGUAUUUUCAGGAAAUGCUAUUGGUCAAGCCUCUGGUCUUGCCUCCCAGGCUUAAGUGACUGACGUGACCAAUGAGGCCCUGGCCGUCACGUGGAAUGCCCCUACCCAAGAUGGGGGAGCUCCAGGGCUCCACUACGUUGUGGAGCAAAGGAAGAAAGGCAGUAACCUGUGGGUGCCAGUCAACAAGGACCCCAUCCAGGGCACCAAGUACACUGUGGAUGAUGUCCUGGAGGACACAGAAUAUGAAUUCCGAGUUGUAGCUGUGAAUAAGUCAGGCCCUGGACAUCGUAUGUCAUCCAACUCAGUGGUAGCCAAGCACCCAGUGAGUGACACCCCAGGCCUGGUGCAAGGCCUGUACAUGUCUGAUUCCUCCAACACCAGCAUCUCCCUGGCCUGGCGAGAGCCUGCAGGGGGAGACCCACCCUCUGGCUACCUCCUUGAGAUGCAGGCUGAAGACACCAUGGAGCGGUCCAAGUGCACAGAGAUCCCCAUCUCAGGCACCUGCUACACAGUGGGAGGCCUCACUGAGAGGCAGCAGUACUUCUUCCAAAUCCUGGUGGUGAAUGAGGCUGCGGUUGGAGAGGCAGUGGAGCUGGACGAGGGGGUCUGUGCCAUGCCAACACCAGAGGAGAGAUGCAGAGAGGGCUGGGCUGCUCCCAAGUUUGACCUCAGUGCCCGAUUGAAGAGUCAUACGGUGGUUUGCGCUGGGACAGCCCUCUGCAUCCACGCCGCCUUCUCUGGCUCCCCACCACCCAUCGUGAUCUGGCUGAAAGAUGGCAUCCCUACCAAGGGCCGGGAAAUUAUCACCAAGAGCAAAAACCACUCCCAGUUCCUCAUCAAGAGCACCAAGUGCUCUGACUCAGGGGUGUACCACACUGAGCUCCAGAAUGUGUCUGGAGAGGUAUACCACGACUUCCACGUGUGUGUGGCAGAUUUUCUGCGGCCACCCACAAAGCUACAGGAGGAGGUCACCAACACGGUGACUCUGACCUGGAACCACAGCCCCGACCUUCAGGAGGGCGGCGAGGUCCACUACACUAUCAUGGAGCGGGAUGCCAGCACCGCCACCUGGCUCAAGGCGGUCGACCGCGUCUUCAGCAACAAGUACACGGUGACCGACUCGCUCCUCGGCAGGAAGUACUACUUCCGAGUGCUGGCCCAGAACGCAGCGGUGACUCCAAUGGUACCUGCCUGGCUUGUCAACAAGGACCGGAUUGAGGACCUGAGCACCAAGCUGAAGCCGUACCAGCAGAAGGGCUGGCGCCACGUGCUGCGCGGCCAGGAUUGCACCGUGACCCGCGCCUUCCUGGGGAACCCGCGCCCCACCAUCACCCUCUACAAGGGCCACGUCAACAUCACAGCCAACUCACGGUUCUGGUACAUCUCCACUAGCAGCGUGUGCACCAUCGUCAUCCCCACCUGCACGCUCAAGGACAGCGGCGAGUACUGCGUGCUGGUGGAGAAUAAGCUGGGCAAGGACUGCAGCAGCUGCAAGCUUACCGUCUACCACAAAGAUGACAAGUCAGUUCUAGCAUCUGUCACUGAGAGUCUCCAGAAGAAAUCAAAGUACCUCAUGUGAACUCCAGCCCAGCCCAGGCAUCAGGAGGAUGUUGUGAUGUGGGGCUUCUUGGCCUGUCCUCUGUGUGGUCCCAGUGAGGGAGGCCCUGUAUGCUCUGUGGUCUUUGUCAACAUAAACAUUCACUGAAGGGACAGGACAAUACACUGAGUGAGUGUGCCUUUGCGUAUAUUCCUGACCAUAGUGUGCACCAGGGACCAAUGGGACUUGGGAGUGGGAUGGGGAUACUCAGAAGCCCAACCCCCAAGAGCCUGCUCCCAACCCACCCACAUGGGGAGUGACCAGUCCCCUUUUGGCUGGGCCUUGCCCUGCCUUCCCUCCUCCACAGCUGCACUGUACCUGGCCCUCCCCUCAGGGCUUAGCAGGGAAGUUUGCAACUUCCUCCCCAGCCUGCCCUUCCAAUUUCUUAACUACAAGUAGGUAUGUCUUCAGUUCUGGGAUUCAAAUGGAUCAAGACCUUGCCUUUUUAGUGUGCAGGGUUCCUACUAUCUGAGCAUCCCAGGUGGCUGAGUGGUGAAGAAUUCACUUGUCGAUACAGGAGACACAGGU